AUGCGAACGCGCGUUGAGAGGUACGAGGUGCGGCGCGACGCGGCGGUGAGGGAGGGAGAGGGCGAGCGGGGCGACGGCAAUGGGGAAGUCGCGGAUGCGGGUGAGGUCGCAGUUGCCGACGAGGAGAAGGAGCGUUUUGCAAGCGUGGGAGAGGCAGGCGCGAGCGAGGCUGCGAGCGAGGUGCUGUUGCCAUAG